GAAGCAGAAAUAAAAAAAGCUGCCAAAGAAAAUGACAAAGAUGCGUGCACAAUUUUAGCCAAACAACUGGUUGCUUUGAGGAAGCAGAAAACAAGAUCCUAUGCUGCAAAUACAAAGCUGCAAAGUGUUGGAAAUCAAACCAAAUUAAUGGGUGCCAAUAUGAAACUAGCUGAAACUAUGUCAACAACCUCAAAAUCAAUGCAAAAAAUGAAUAAUAUUCUCAAACCGGAACAAGUGAUGGGUGAAAUGAAUGCAUUCUCUCAAGCUGUCACUAAAAUGAAUAUGACAGAUGAUAUGAUCAAUGACACAUUGAACGAUAUUCUGGAUGAGUCUGGAGAUGAAGAGGAAAGUGAUGCCAUCGUCAAUCAAGUACUGGAUGAAAUUGGCAUCGAAAUUUCCGGUCAUAUGUCUAAAGCACCCUCCGUAUCCAGCGAGAAAGUUAGUUCCAAGUCUAAAGCCAAGCUUCCGACCGAUGAAGAAAUUGAAGCGCAGCUCGCUAAAUUAUUAAAGACGCCCUAAAUUCUUAUUUCUUUUUCUCUCAGCCUACCUCAAUAGUUGAUUCCAAAUCAAAAACUAGGCUUCUUACCAAUUUAUCAAGAAUAUCAAAUUCCUCCCCCCCCCCCCAAAUAUAUUUCUUUAAGUCAAACUCAAAGUUAUAGUCCCAAAUAAAAGAAUCAGACUUGUGAACAUUUCUGAAAAAUCUGAUUGUAAGCAAAGCUUUGGCUAUCUACAUACAUAAAUCUGUAAAUAAAUUAAACUAUCUUUAAAGUAGUUUCAAAAUGCGCAGAUCACAGGUUACUGCUGAUACAUUAGAUUAUGAAUUGAACUAUCAAAGCAAAAUGUACCUGUUAUCUGAGUACUGAGAGAGGACUCUGACCUCAAAGUGAGAAACCACAUCUGUUUCCUCGACCUCCCCCCC